AUGUCCCUUUUUAAAGUAAGACAAUGGUGGACUAACGAAAAAUCGCUAAGUGAAGUGUGCGAUGAGGGUACUCAAAAUGGCAAAUGUAUUAAAGUGGACAGAUUCAACUCACACAGCGAUAGCGACUGUGUUAUUGUUGGACAAGGUUCCUUGAUGAAAAUUUAUAAACCAAAUUCAGAAAAUGAUAAUACUCAUUCAAUUUUAGAGUCACAAUUAAACGACGUCGUAUUACAAAUUGAGACAGGAAAAUUUAUAGCGGAUUCUUCUGAUCGUCAAAUAUUAAUAUUACACCCUAAAAGUUACGCUAUAUAUAUGUUAGAACGAAAAACAGGUCAAAUUGAUGUUGGGGAGCAGAAUGUAUUAUCCCCUAUGAUAAGUCAUCUAUUUACAAGGCGGGCGUUUAGCACAACCUGUGGUCCAUUUGGCUAUUCAAAAAGAGAUCUUAUAUGCAUUCAGGCUUUAGAUGGUACAUUAAGUUUCUUUGACCAAGACACAUUUUUAUUUAUGUGUGUGUUCAACGACAUUUUGAUACCGGGACCGGUGUAUUUUAUAACAAACAGCGAUCAAUUUAUAAUUUGCAAGUCGACUUGGAUAAUGGAAAUAUAUAGUUAUCAACAAUUAGGCGAGUUAAGCGAAUUAAGUGCUCGACCAAAUAGGAAAAACAUAAACAUUCCUCAAUGGAUUUAUAAUGCAGGAGAAGAAAUUAUAUCGAUCCAAGUUAUACGAACAAGUAGCAGUUUUUCCAGUAUUGUAGCAGUUGGUGAGAGACAUCUGUAUUGCUUUCAAGAUAAUGGUCUAAUGAAAUUCAUGAUUCGAUUUGAUUAUAUGCCGAUCUGUUUUCACGCAUAUUUAAUUGGAUGGUACUAUGAGCCAAAUUCCCGACUUCUGAUAAUGGUAGCUUCUGAUGAUUCGAAACUGAAUAUUUAUGAAGGAACGUCACUUUUGUGGUCAUGCGAUUUAACUCAUAGGCCAAUAUCGAUAGCUCGUUGCUAUCUGAACGCCUUACCUGGUGGUAUUGUAACGCUAUCAACUAAUGGUAUAAUAAAUGUUGGUUUCUUGGGAACUGAACCGGAUUUAAAUGCAAAUGGAAAACCAAUGAAUGAUUUUGUGGAUCCUGAUCAAAUUCAAGAUGAAUUAGACGAUGUUGAAAAUUCAUUGCAAAAAGUUAUGAAUGCUAGAAAAGAAUUUGACGACGAAGACACUGAAAGCGAUCAAAUAGUAAAUAUUAAAGUCGAAAUCGGGAAAACUAAUGACGAUCCUAUUUCAAAUUAUCCGCCCAAUAAUAUAGAUACAUUACAGACGUGUUCAAUGGUUUUAAUUUUAAGUUGUAACAAUCCAAACUCUAUACAAAGUAUUCAAAUAACUUAUGACUGUGCGUCUCCUAUUGCUUGUUCAGACACGACAUUAUGUUUCGAAAAUGUAAAUGGCACGGAAAUUAUAGAGACACAAGUAUAUUUAUCGAGCGAUGCAGAUAUAUCCGACUGUGGUAUAAAUAUUGUAAUUAGUGUCGUCGAUAUUAAAGGGAAAAUAAAAAUAAUAUCAAAGCGAGUAUUACUACCACUUAAGCUUUACUGCGUACCAGUCGAAAACGUGUCGGAAAAUAACAUCAAAUUAAGUUUUAAAACGAAUCAACCAUGUUUAGAUUUGUCUGAAAUAUUUACUGAGUACACAGAAGAAGAUUUAACAAGGUACACAACGGUUAAAAAUAAUUUAACAUUUAAAUAUCGUACUUCAAACAACACAGUUACCGUUAAAAGUAAUGAUUUGUAUACAAUAGAGGCGAAUGAUUUUUCUAUCAUGUAUCCAAUAUUUGAAUAUUUUGUAAACAAUUUAAAAAUAUAUUAUGUCAGAACUGGUGUUACUGACUUCAAAAUUAAUUUUAAUUUAGAUGGAGAAUUAAUAAAACUUAUUUUGCAUACAUUUUUGAAAAGCAUCGAAAAUCAUGCUAAAGAAAGAAUCAAAAUGAAGAGUUUGGAGAACGACCUCAAUGUACUUCAAAGACAGUUCACCUUGGUGCAGAAAAGACUGUUAGUCCAAUACGGAUCGUUACCCCCGGGUAAUUGUGAUGGUUUAGAAUUUUUAAUGAACGAUACACACGAGCGAAUUAAGACAGUCGCAUAUGGAAUAAUGCAGAGUAAACGAUAUGUAUUUAGCGCUGGCAACAUUUUGAGAAGAAUUGGGAGCAUUAUCAUUUAUAUACUCAAAGAAAAAUUAAAUGACGAAUUUAAAGUGAAACUUGUUGAAGAGAUGUUGUCUUUACAUACUCUCAAUGACCAAUUUCAAGAAUGGGAAGAAAACGUCGCACAAGGUCUGUCAUACAUUCUCAAUAAAGUAUUCAAAAAAACAGAAAAGGAUAAAGAAAAACUUGCACCGGUCACCGAUCAAGACAUUCUUUCCCAAACUAACUUAAAAAAGUUUUUAAAACAAAUGCGUAUAGUAUUCGAAAAUCUUUUAACUGACUGUCAAGACAAUAAUGAGGUAAAGAGUAACGUAAUACGCACAGAGGAAUUUGUUGAAGUCAUAUAAUUAUCAUUUA